CUGUUAGGUCGGGCCCUCGCGAGUCCGCGCUGCAGCACCGGCCUCUGCGGAAUUGGCUUCUCGCCGUUUCACCGCUGCUCGCGGCCCGGGAGUGUCAGAGGUGGGAACUGGCGCCUCUCGGUCACUAAAAAGCCUGGUCUACACUUCGAAAUCGCAGCGUCCGAGUUACCGCGUCCAGGGCUGUGAACGGUGUCGUGCCCUGAGCACCGUAGUUACCUCGACCUCACCCACGGUGUAGGCGCGGCUACCUGGAGAGAAGGAUUUUUUCCAUCGAACUGGCUGCCACCUCUCAGGUGAAACAUUUUUUCAUAAGAGACCCCACAUUUGAGUUGAGUACAUUAUCUUUAUUUCUGCAAGUUCUGAACUUUAAGUGAGCUACAGGGAAAAAUGAAGAGUAGAGUGGCACAAAUAAAUCAUGGCUCCAGUUAUGAAAGAAAAGAGAGCCACGGCUCUCGCCGGAGGAGUUCCUCUCCAGAAGACAGUAGGUAUGCAGAGCGUGAGAGGUCUUGGUCCCCUAGAGACAGAGGUUACUCUGAUCAUAGCAAGUAUGAUCAAGAAUAUUCAGGAAAGGGGCGUGAUGACAAAACUGUGGAAGCCAGGGGGUGGGGGAGAGAGACUCCCCAAGAGAAGGGGAGAGAAAAGGAAUCUGAUCGAAGGAAACAGAAAAAAUUCCCUUCACCUGAUAGAAAAAGUCCAGAAAGAUCAGUACCCCAGAGCUCACUUGCUCAUGAUGAACCCCCUUCAAGGAAGAGAAAAGAAGAGCUGGAUCCAAUUCUCACCCGCACAGGUGGUGCAUACAUUCCUCCAGCAAAGCUCAGGAUGAUGCAGGAACAAAUUACUGAUAAAAAUAGUUUAGCAUAUCAAAGGAUGAGUUGGGAAGCCCUGAAGAAGUCAAUCAACGGUCUUGUCAAUAAGGUGAACGUUUCUAAUAUAGAAAAUAUCAUCCAUGAACUUCUUCAAGAAAAUAUUGUCAGAGGAAGGGGACUGCUGUCUAGAUCAAUUUUGCAAGCACAAAGUGCCUCUCCAAUCUUUACACACGUUUAUGCAGCAGUUGUAGCAAUUAUCAAUUCAAAGUUUCCAAAUAUUGGAGAACUGAUUCUCAAGAGGCUAAUUCUAAAUUUUCGCAAAGGAUAUCGCAGAAAUGAUAAGCAACUUUGUCUGACAGCUUCAAAGUUUGUUGCACAUCUAAUCAAUCAGAAUGUGGCUCAUGAGGUUUUAUGUUUGGAGAUGCUCACAUUGCUUCUUGAAAGACCAACAGAUGACAGUAUUGAAGUAGCAAUUGGAUUUCUAAAGGAAUGUGGACUCAAAUUAACUGAAGUUUCUCCUAGAGGUAUUAAUGCAAUCUUUGACCGCCUUCGCCACGUUCUUCACGAAUCUAAAAUUGACAUGCGUGUUCAGUACAUGAUAGAAGUUAUGUUUGCUGUACGUAAGGAUGGGUUCAAGGAUCACCCAAUCAUUCCAGAGGGACUAGACCUAGUAGAAGAAGAGGAUCAGUUUACUCAUAUGCUACCUUUAGAAGAUGAUUAUAACCCAGAAGAUGUUCUUAAUGUUUUCAAGAUGGAUCCUGACUUCAUGGAAAACGAAGAAAAGUACAAAACCCUUAAGAAGGAAAUUCUUGAUGAAGGCGAUAGUGACUCAGAAGCAGAUCAAGAUGCUGGAAGCAGUGAAGAGGAUGAAGAGGAGGAGGAGGAGGAUGAAGAAGGACAAAAAGUGACUAUCCAUGACCAAACAGAAAUUAACCUGGUCUCUUUUCGUCGUACAAUUUAUCUUGCUAUUCAGUCAAGCUUAGACUUUGAAGAAUGUGCCCACAAAUUGUUGAAGAUGGACUUUCCUGACAGUCAAACUAAAGAACUCUGCAACAUGAUCCUUGACUGCUGUGCUCAACAAAGAACAUAUGAGAAAUUCUUUGGUUUACUGGCAGGGCGUUUCUGCAUGUUAAAAAAAGAAUACAUGGAAUCCUUUGAAGCUAUUUUCAAAGAACAGUAUGAUACUAUCCACCGUUUGGAAACAAACAAAUUGAGAAAUGUAGCCAAGAUGUUUGCUCAUCUUCUGUACACAGAUUCACUUCCCUGGAGUGUCCUUGAAUGUAUAAUAUUGAGUGAAGAAACUACUACAUCGUCAAGUAGAAUUUUUGUCAAAAUAUUCUUCCAGGAACUUAGUGAAUAUAUGGGACUUCCUAAUCUUAAUGCAAGAUUAAAGGAUGAAACAUUGCAACCUUUUUUUGAAGGAUUAUUGCCUCGGGACAACCCAAGAAACACUCGAUUUGCCAUCAAUUUUUUCACUUCCAUUGGUCUUGGAGGACUAACGGAUGAAUUACGGGAACAUCUGAAAAAUGCACCAAAGAUGAUCAUGACACAGAAACAAGAUGUUGAGUCAUCAGAUAGCUCAUCAUCUUCCUCAGAGUCUGACUCCUCUGAUUCCAAUUCUGACAGCAGUAAUAGUAGCUCGGGAUCAUCUAGUGGCAGUGACUCCUCUUCUAGCAGUGGCCAUAGCAGUGACUCAGAUGCUGCUAAAGUAAAAAGGAAGAAGAUGCAAAAGAAAAAUAAAGCACGGGAUAAAGUUGCCAGGAAAAAACAAGGGAGUAAAAAGAAACUACUUGAAAAGAAAAUAGAAAGGAGACAGCAGGAAGAUAGAUAUGACGUUGAGAGAAAUUCAGAAAGAAAUGCUGACAGAAAUUUGAGAGAUCCAAAUAGGAGAGAUGAUCUAUCUAAAUAUCCCUAUGACAGAGAUGAUGCCGCUGACAGGAACAGUUACCGGAGUGGAAAGGACAGGUAUCAUGAAAGAAAUACAGAUUUAGAAAAUAAACACGGUAAUUCCAAAAAGAAGAAAGCAGACAGAAGAACUUCUUUUUCUGAUAAUGAAAAGGACAAACACUGCACUAAAGACAGUGUACAUCACAGUAGGAGAAAAGAGAGGUCAAAAUCUAGAGAAAGAAACCGUAUUAAUUCAAGUCCCAGAGAGGAAGAGGAGCAGGAGAAUCGAUAUCGGAAUGGUGCAGAGAAAGGCCCAGAGAAAUAUAGCAGAUAUUCUGACCAAUGUAGAGAAUCCAGGAAAAAUGAGGACAGACGAAGGGAGAAUUCUCCACGUAGGCGAAAAUAACACUGUGCCACUGAGUUUGAAAUAAAUGCUUUUCUGUGCAGCUAAAACUGUGUAUUUUUAACUCUAUUACUGAACUUUCUUUUAAAAAAGGAGCUUUUGUACAAAGUGCAAGUUUGUAUUUGUAAGGUUCAUUGGCCUUCUUAAGGUUUUCAGUACUGAAUCUUUUAUAAUCACUGUAUGUGAAGAACCCUUCUGUUAAAUUUCUUCUUUCGAAGACGAUUUUCAUUUGAGAGAAAGAAAAACAGAAGCUUGCUUAUAUUUUGUGAAUAAAAUUGUUGAGAUCUCA